GAGCGUAGGUCACCCAGUAAACUACGUAAUUACCGCAUUCUGGUAAACCUGGAGACGAACUCUAGUUGUUAUUCCUCCAAAACACGACAUACUUCUUUAUUUCAUGUUUCUUAUUCACCGGAAAGUUAAAAUCCACAGAAGAAGGGACGGAAUAUGAGCAAAAAGAUCUUCCUGUCACAGAUUAAGUUAGAGGAGAGAUUGGAAUCGAUGGCGCGUGCGACAACGAUCAGCGAUGACGAACUCGUGGCUCUGUCGGUGAAGGAACUCAACAAGCUGUUGAAGGGUCUGACCCGCGACGAGGUUGUCAAACUCAAACAGAGGCGGCGCACGCUGAAGAACCGGGGCUACGCAGCCAACUGCCGGGAGAAGCGCAUCUCCCAGAAGGAGGAACUGGAGACAGAGAAGGAGAAGCUGAAGUCGGAGGUGGACCGACUCCAGAGGGAGAACGAUGUUGUCAAGAUGGAACUGACGGCUCUCAAAUCAAAAUACGACGCCCUUGCUCAUUUCGCAGACUCUAACCGGAUACAGAUCUUACCACAGCCGAUAAUGCUGAGUUCAAUGUCACACGAAUCGCUGAUGAUCAAGUCGGAACCGGUCCAGAGUGCGAGACAGUGCUCAGCCUUAUAGCGUUACUGUGUAAGACGCGAGACAGGCUGUUCUUAAAACCCACCAAUCAGUGCUCUCAUAUCAUAAUAUAUAUAUAUAUAUAUAUAUAUAUAUAUAUAUAUAUAUAUAUAUUCAAGUGAAAUUGAUGUAUGGAAGUCAUGUGUGUAUACUCAAAAUGGUAUCAACACCUACUUUCCAGAUUUUUGCCAAAUUAUAAUGCUUGAUUGAAAUUGUGUGACAUUGUACAUUUCGUCCAUGUUACCUAAAACGACAGUGGAAGACAACAGACUUGUGUGUGUGUUUGAUAAAAUCCGUGCAUUUUGUAAUUGCUAUUCAAAAGUAGAAUAUCAUUUCAUUCCUACAGAUUAUUUAUUGAUUAUAGUUUACAUGUGACAAUGUUAUCAGAUAGUGAAAAUAAUAUGAAGUGUGUGCUGAGGCCUCCAACGAGAUAUGUGAAACUUGAUUUCGUUGUUUUACUAGGCCCCACAGGCCUGUAAUGAUCAUGGCCCCGUUCCACGAAGCGAUCUUAGCACUAAGAUCACCCUAAGUACAUUAGGUAGUUAUGCAUUUAAGGUGAUCUUAGCACUAAGAUCGCUUGUGUCUCUCCAGGGGUGGACUGGCUAUUCUCUUGGCCUGUGGCAGAACUAGGGUUCUGAGCCUUCAGCAUGGGUAUGUUUUCGAGAUAGGAAAUUUCUGGUGUGCUUUCAUCAGAAAACUGUUAAGCAUACCUGUUGUGGGCUAAUCAUCUGACUUCGCCAGAGAGUUCUGCCCACGACAGGUCUGCCUUCAGCACCAGGGCCCCGUUUUACGAAGUGAGAUUAGCACCAAGGUCACCUUAUGGGCAUACAGUAGUUAUACACUUAAGGUAAUAUUAGCUCUAAGAUCAUCUUAUGGGCAUACAGUAGUUAUGUACUUUAGGUAAUAUUAACGCUAAGAUCACUUUGUAAAAUGGGCUCCAGGUCUGUUUCCUGUUAUUGCCUUGGCUACAGACCCUGCAGAGGGCUCCUGACUGGUUGUUUAAUUGCUCAGUCCACCCCUCUAUCUGUUUGUAUAUGUGUAGGUCGAGGUAACGUUUUUGUAAAAAAAUGUGUUAUCUAUUUUGCAAUAUGGGCUGGGAGGGGGAAGGAGGAUUAGCAGUUGAACAGUUGGACAUAAUGUUCAUCUAAUGACCUUUCCCCAUACUUAGAAAACUUUAAAGUCACUUAUGAUUUUAAAAGUCUUAUCCUUACAAAUUAUUUCAUAUUGGUAAGCAAUAAUAAUAAUAAUAAUAAUAAUAAUAAUAAAAUCUUUAUUUAUAAAAGGUAGCUCAGUUAGUUCUAGACUAUUCUCCCCAUAGGCAUUCUUACUAGUUAUAACAAUAAUUAUAAUAAUAAUCAGAGCAAGCAGCUCUGAUUCAAGUACUAUUGUUGUUAAUGACAUGGUAUUAAUUGUAAGACUUAGUUUAGUUAGGCCAAUAGGCCUCUUUGUUCUAAGGAGUCCCAUUGUUAAGAUUUCAUGGAUAGAUGUUUAUUUACACUGAAUUAAGUCUUUGUUUUAUGACCACCUGAAAUAUUUGUUAAAAUGGGUCUUAACACAAAGUUUGAACUACUGUUCACUUUUCCGGUCAGAUUGGCUUUUAAAAAAAAUUAAACACAAAGAUGGAUGUUUUAAAAUUAAAAUAUUCAGUGUUCGUGUUGAAAAUUAAUAUUGUGUUUGCGUUUAUCCACGGUUCAGUUUUGCUGAACAAGAAACAAACAAACAUAGCCAAAUGUUGGUGAUUCUGCAUGGCUUUGCUAUCAAUUAUCACAUAUUAAAAUUCUGUAGACAUAUAAAUAAAAUCCUUUACAAGUGUUUAAAAAACACAAAAAACCUUCUGUUUUUAUCUUUAUCAAUAUUUAAAAUUAAGACUGGAUUUUUUUUUAUGACAAUCUAAGUUUGUCUGAUCUGUAGAUGUUCCACUAACGAGAUGAAAAUAUAUUAAAUUUCAUCAUCUUAUGCAGACAUUACAUAGGCUGUGGUAUGUGCUGAAAAAUAUGCACACAUACUGUAAAUAAUGCAUGGACCCUGUGUUAUAGUUGCCAUAUAUUUGAUGCUUAAUUCUUGUAGGCCUACCGCUUAGUGUCUUCAGUGUACAAUUUUGUUGAAAAUUUGUCCAAAAAUUAUAAAAGGGGUCAAUGGUUGCAGAACACCAGGAUGUUUAACAAUAAUAAUUAUUUUUCUUUUCCAUUCCAUCUCUUAUACAUUGUGAUUGGUAUCAGUUUGUUGGAUUCUGUUUUUCUGCUUUCACGUGCACUAAUAUACACUGCUUCAGGCUAAAAUAAUCACUUUCAAUUAAUAUUUGUGAGAUUAAAAUGUUUAUGGAUAAUACUUUAAUUCUGGUUUGAAUCUUGUGCUGGGUUUUUUUUAUGCAGUAAAUAUACCAAUACCUACAACAAAUAAUUAUGAUGAUGAAUUUUUUGUGUGUUUAUAAUUAUCAUAAAUUAUUUAUGAUUAUAUUAUUAUAUAUUUCUGAUUUAUCACUCUUGAAGUUGAUAUGGAGUUAAAUCUGUCUUCUGAACUUUCGGCUGUUUACUUAGUAAAUUCCUCCUAUGUUAAUGAGAACCUUCAUAGACCGAGUUAUUCUUGUUACAUUUUUCAACAGCCUCCUCUUUAAACAGUACAUAAAUAUUGAAAAUACAUAGACUAUAUCAGGCCAUAGGAUUUCAAAUUUUAUGGGAAGUACCUUUUUGGUUCCGUGCCUUGUGAUCAUGGGAACCCAUCGGAAACUGUGUUUAGGUUCCGCUGAAUAAUCGUACUCGAUAUAAUAAUAAUGGGGAAAAAAUUUUAACGUUUGUGAUUUUACCGACAUGGUAUUGGAAAUGAUCGUUUCCAUGAAAUCUGAAAGCCUGAUAUAUAUUACCUACAACAGGUAUUGGUCCAGUUCUUAACCCAGGCUGUAGAAAAAGCUACACAUUUAAUAACAAUACAUGUACAUAUACUGUUCAUGGUCAGACAUUUCUGGUGAAGUACGAGUUUCUGCCAUGGAAGUAAGGUGUAAAAAAGAGAGGUGGACUUUGGGGUGAAAAUAUAAAUUCGGCACCAAUGCUGUUAAUGGUAUUUUUAACCUGUACAAACUACCUGAGACCUAACAAGAUGGCUGUUAUAAACAGGUGGCUAUUAUAUACGGAUUAAGUAUGUAUUUAAAUGUAUUUUUGUAUUUGAAAAAAAACACCCUCAGUUGACUGGGAUAGCAGAUGAUGGUUAUACAAAGUAGUUUUUCAUAAUAUCAGUUUUCUUUGUGGGUAAAAAUUAAAGAGGAAGAGGUGACCCAUUUAUAUGUUUUGACUGUAUUAACAUACAUUAUAUUAUGGAAAGAAACCAAGGUUUUUGAAGGUGGGUCAGUGUCUGUACACAGCAGAUGUCCAAGUCAUAAUAUGUAUUCAUUCCAAGGAAGGAUUUCACGUUAUGUUACCUUGAUGCUUAGUGGUAGGGUUGGUCAGGAAAGAUUUCACGUUAUGUUACUUUGAUGCUUACGGUAGUGGUAGGGUUGGUCAGGAAAGAUUUCACGUUAUGUUACCUUGAUGCUUAGUGGUAGGGUUGGUCAGGGAGAUGCCUAGAAGAGGCCUCUAAGAAUUGCGAGAACAAUCGUUUUCUUCGCGCUUUGCUUGUACAAGUCUUGUUUUGUGCAACUGAUUUUCCAUUCAGACAUUAAAUUUACAAAUGUAGGAAAUUAUUUACAUAGUUGUAAUGGGUUAUACAAAAUGAAAUGGCUUAUGCAAAAUGAAAUGAGUUACUACUUAAAAUUAACGUGUCAUUUCUUGGAGUCAUAUAAAGUUUUGUUUUAUUAUUGGAGAUCUUUCAAGGGUGAAGACUGUCUCUUGAGAAGAGUAAAUACAUUUAAAGCUACGCUUCCUAUUUUAUCAUUCUUCUGGGAACAAAAGUUUCACCCAGCAAAAAUAUUUCAUUGAAAAACAGCUGAAGGGAUAAAUCUUCUCUCUGACCCCCACCCCCUACCCCCACCCCACCCCCACCAGCUCCAUAUACAAAAUAUUAGUAUUAUGUAUCUAGGAUUGCGGUGGCAACCAUUUUCUUUUUGUUUUGAGAGGUGCCUGCUUUGUAAAAUAGUAAUGACCAGUGCCAGUGUUACACGAUUAUUGUGGUUCUGUUGAAUUUAUUAUUUCUACAUUUAUGUUUUUUCCAUGCCAAGACUUUAAGAUUCAGUUCGUAUAACAAGCUGUGCCAUUUGACACUUUUAAUAUUUCAUUGUCACAAUUACUUUCCCAUCAUUUGAGUCUGUGCACCCCAGCUAGCAUUUGUAAGACAGUGGUAUAUAAUGCGACUAUUGGCUAGGAGUCAACUUCAUGAUUUUAUGAUGUUAGGGAUGUUGAAAAAUGAAUGUUUCAAAUCAAAAUCACUUAGUAUUUGUUGCUAUAGGGCUGAAUUAAAGUCUUGGUUAGGAAGACUUGAUAAGAAUGAUGUUAUGUGGACUUCUCAAUCAGUUUGAGUGAAGAAUAUUUGAUAACUGGUGCAAUCACAGUAUUUGAUACCAAACAACAAGUUCAGUUGUGUUGUGAAAGUUUUUUAUUUUAUUUUAUUAAUGUAAACAGUUUUUACAUUAUUAUUUAGGAAGUAACUGUCAGCAUUUCAUUAUGUGGCAUCUUUACAAUAAGAACAUUUACCAGCCAACAAUUUCAAACAAUAUGGUCCACAUACAUUACAUGCAAUAGAAUUAAUAAAAUGUGAAUAUAUUAAAGCAUUGAUGUGCAUUUGGGAAACCGAAUUUGGUAUGUCAACGGUAUUACUCUAAAGAGAUAAACACUGUUUUAUUUAAAGAGACAGACACAAGCUGAUUACCAGUCUAUUUUAUUCUAAGAAAAUCAGUCUCAUCUGUUGGCUUAGUAUUUGUAGUCACUGUUCCAUUGAGUACGAGUAUAUUUUGAUUAAUGAGACAAGUACUAAUUAAUUAAGACAAAAUUGUAAUCAAAGAAACAGAAGUUAACUGAAUGGCAGUAUAUUUUAUUUAAAGAGACAAACUCAAACUGAUUAUCAGUAUGUUUUGUUAUAAGAAAAUUGGUCUCAUCUGUUGGUUGCAUAUUUGUAGCAACUUUCAUCCCAGCUAAAAUAUUCUAAUAGUAAGGUUAAAAAUGCAUUUUGUAAUUUCCAGUGCCAAAUACCCUUAAAGUAAUUAUGUAAUUAACAUAGUGAAACAUUCUGUGCUCAUGAUCACCACGUUAAGAUGGAUAACAUUUAAGGCAGUUUUGUCUUGUGGUCUGGUUAUGUUACAAACCCCAGUUUUAAAUGUACUUUUACAUUUUUUCUUUGUUGUAUUUGUUAAGUAUUUUUGUAAUAAGCAAAACUUAAUUGUAAAUAACUGGCAAAUUGAGAUGCAUGUCACAAUAUAUAUAACAUUUUCUAAAAGACAAAGUUUAAAAUUGUUACCAUUUUAUUCCAUCUUUUAUUGUCACAGUUAUUAAUUAUUUGAUUUGUUCAAGCCAGGCACUUACAAGAUUCUAUUGUGUGCCCAGGACAUGCAUGCAUGAAUUUGAUAAUGAAUGUGUUAUGUUUUUAAUACCAUACCACAACAUAAAAUCUAGCAUAGGGGGAACAGAUAGUUACGUUAUUCUGGGUUUUUUAAUUUUUUUAGUUUGUACUGAGUAAUAUGUGAUUGCACCACAGAAGACAAUGAAUGCUGGGGAUCAGUGUAUCCUCAGAUCAACCAAUCAGAAAUGAUUUCAAACAUGUCAGAAGGCAGCAUAUUUAUGUAUACGUGUAUCCUUGUUUGUGAUUGGUUAAUGAGCACAUGUUUGUAUUCAGGUUUAUGACUGGUCAAAUUAAUAUAUAUGGGUAAAAAAUCCUGAUCAGUAUAAAAAUAAAUAUCCACUCCAU